AUGAGGGGCGUGUCCGGCGGGGAGAGGAAGCGGGUGAGCAUCGGGCAGGAGAUGCUCGUGAACCCGGGCCUGCUGCUGCUCGACGAGCCCACGUCCGGGCUCGACUCAACCAACGCGUCGAGGCUCGUGUCGACCCUGCGCGGGCUGGCUGACGGGGGGAGGACAGUUGUGAUGACGAUCCACCAGCCGUCUAGUAGGAUCUUCUACGAGUUUGAUAAGGUUCUUUUGUUGUGCGAUGGGAGUCCUCUGUUCUUCGGGCAGGGCUCAGCCGCACUCGGUUAUUUCUCUGGAAUCGGGUUCGCCCCAACGGUCGCCAUGAAUCCUGCUGACUUCUUGUUGGAUCUUGCGAAUGGUAUUUCAACGACUGUGGAUUCGGACGAGGGUCGAGCUGAGAUUCAAAACACGUUGGUGGCGGCUUACGUGACAAAUCUCUCGGGUAGCGUAAAAUCGGAAAUAAAUGGUGCAGAUGAUGGCAGUAGUUUGCAUUUCUCACGAAAGGAGCCAAGUACGCGGUGGCCCAACAAUUGGUGGUUACAAUUCUCAGUGCUGUUUACAAGGGGGAUCAAAGAAAGGAGGCACGACUCGUUUUCUAUUCUCAAGGUCAUUGAGGUUCUUGUCGUAGCUAUCAUGAGCGGUCUAAUCUGGUGGCAAUCCAACACCAGUCACUUACAAGACCAGGUCGGGCUUUUCUUCUUCUACUCGUCGUUUUGGGGCUUCUACCCUUUAUUUCAAGCCAUUUUCACUUUCCCUCAAGAAUGCACGAUACUCUCCAAGGAAAGGUCUUCGGGCAUGUACCGAUUGUCAUCCUACUUCAUGGCUCGGACUCUUGGUGACCUACCGAUGGAGUUAGUCCUUCCCGCCGUAGCCUACACCAUAACGUAUUGGAUGGCGGGUCUCAAGGCCAAAAUAGGAUCCUUUUUAUUGGGCCUACUCGUUCUUUUAUACAGCGUGAUGUGCACUCAAGGGCUCGGUCUUGCCCUUGGUGCAGUCGUCAUGGACUCCAAAUCGGCCAUCACGCUUGGGUCGGUCAUCAUGCUCACGUCCCUAUUGUCCAGCGGCUACUAUGCUCAGCACGUGCCUGGAUUCGUGGGCUGGAUCAAGUACAUCUCGAUUCCUCAAUACACGUACAAGCUACUUUUGGCUUCGCAAUACGCUCCUGGCGAGACAUAUCCUUUUCAAAAUGACAUUUCGGUGCUCAUUUUCGCCGGAAUAGCUGAUGUGGCGCCCAGUCAGAUCGGAAUUUUCAUUCUCGGCGUAAUGUGGCACGAGUUGGGCCCAACUGUUUUUACACAUGGAACAAAAUAA